CCCAUCUUUAUUACUGACUGUGAAAGAGUAGGACAACCUUGACAUUCCCUCACAUACGCUGUAUGUCGCCUCCGGGAGAUGGUCAUUUUCCUCUCCAUGCGAAUAGGAGGAGCCCUCCGUUUUACCCGACUGUGUCACGGACGAAGAGGACAAGCCCAGGUGCUGAGGAGAGGGAAAGAGCGAUAGGGGUGGUGUGGUUUCUGCAGGUAAACACGAGUAAUCUCUAGCACAGAGAGGCAAGUGCGGAGUUUAGCCCACACCCAGCACGCUUGCGGACACCGUACCGAUCCACCUGUGUUGUUUUCAGCAACCCGCGAGUGGGAAGCAGCCAAUUCCAAUGCGCUCUCGACUGUAGACCAUGUUCGCAGGUCAGAGGAUGCGUAAAAAUGCGUAGUAACUGGAAUAGUAGGUGCUGGAAGAAGGGCGUCCGACUGUCAACACGUCUAAACUGUGCGCAUAGCGCCGAGCGCUGAUGUUCAAACCAUGGAGAAACAAGCUCUUGCAACGGCUCUGAGCGUGUCCAUGAGCGUUAUCUCUUUACUCUUGUUGGUCACCGCUAUCUUCACCGACCAUUGGUACGAGACAGACACCAGAAGGCAUAAGGAGAACUGCGACAAGUAUGGGUCGGAUUCUAACGACCAGAAAAACAGGGAGAUGCCAAUAUACCACUUGCCUCUUGUGGACAACAGCAACUCCAAACGGAACGUGGCGCUUAUGAAGCCGAUUCACGUCGGGAGUAGAGAGGAGGAAUUACUUGAGAACUGGAGGGCGAUACUGGGGAUGGGGAUUCUUGAGACGGAAUGUGGGCGUCCGUUGUUCUCCACAUAUUCUGGACUCUGGAGAAAAUGCUACUUUCAAGGCAUGGACCGGGAUAUCGAUAAACUCAUAUCAAAGGGUAUUGCGGACCGAUGCACAACUGUCAAGUACCAUUUCUCUCAGCCUAUUCGGCUUCGAAACAUCCCGCUCAACCUGACGAGAACCAUUCAGCAAGAUGAAUGGCAUCUCUUACAUCUGCGGCGAAUCACGGCGGGGUUCCUUGGGAUGGCGGCUGCCGUUUUGCUGUGUGGCAGCAUUGUGGCCACAGUGGGCUUCUUUUGGGAGGAGAGCCUCACCCAGCACGUCUCCGGCCUGCUCUUCCUCAUGGCAGGGAUCUUCUGCACCAUCUCCUUGUGCACCUACGCCGCCAGCGUCUCCUACGACCUCUCCCGGAACCCACCCUUCAUCUAUGGACUGCCCGGCGACGUGGACCAUGCUUACGGCUGGUCCAUCUUCUGCGCCUGGGUCAGCCUGGGACUUACCGUGGCAUCGGGCUGCCUCUGCACCACCUACCCCUUCUUCAGCCAAGCCAAGGCCCUGCACUCCAAAACCGCCCGGGAGUCCUCGGUAUGAGUUGUAUGAGCAGUGUGAGAGAAUUGAGCGCCCCCUGUAGAUUCGGAGGAUGAAUUGUUGGUGUGGACAUUCUGUUGCUGACUGAAGACCAAUAUCAGAGGAGAUGUUUCAUUUGUACGAAACCAGAGAUGCCACGGUGAGAUAUGGGAAUUUUGUUGGUCUUUUUUGUGGACUCUCGCCAUCCUUUAUCGAGGUGUUAUGGAAGGUGCAGCUGUUAGGAUGUGUUAUCUGUGUGUUUGUAUAUGCACACAGGCAAACUCACACAUACAUAUGGACCUACACAUGCGUACACAAGCACACACACAGUCUCUCUCUCUCUCUCUCUCUCUCUCUCUCUCUCUCUCUCUCUCUCUCUCUCUCUCUCUCUCUCUCUCUCUCUCUCUCUCUCGCUCUCUGUCUCUCUCUCUCUCCAAGAUAUGGAGAACAAUAUGAGAGUGAAUAACAUGAAACGACGCAAAUACCCACACAGGCAUACCACACACAUAAAACAUGUGUGUAUAUAUUAGCACAUAUACGAAAAAGGCAUAAUUCAUAUGGGUGGUUUGGUAAGGUUGAAUCAAAUGGACAUUGUAUAAAAUACUAGUAUCACUUUAAAAGCAAGAACUCUCCUUUUUUUCAGAUGUAAGUAAUAUAUUUUCUAAACUCUUAAGUACAAAACUCUAAACUGAUAACAUGUGUAAUGCCCCCUAUCUUAUGUUCAGAACCUUUGAUUGUGCAUUCAUUGGGGUUUCUCACAUCUUUCACCCCUGAGUCAGUUUUCCAUUAAAUACCAUGAGCCCAUUUAUUUUGUCACCAAUACAUCAGAUAAUUAUCGGCUCACCGUGUAGUCAUUUUAACGACUAUUUUCAGUUGUUUGUUUUUUUCAAUCACUUUUGUGCAAUUUUCACUACUAUGUGGUACAUCUUCACAGCAAGCACAAAAAUCAAAACAGAUCAUCACAAUCGCUCAUGUUUCAAAACUCACAUUUGCAAUUGGCUGAGUAAAACAAACAAAAAAAGUCACUUGUUCACUGCAUCAAAUCACUUUUUUUCAAAUUUGGAUAAAUAAUCAAUCUAAGUAUCUGCUUUUCGAAAUGCAAUAUUCACUUUACUUUUGAUAUGAGUUUCUUGUCAUUUGUUAACAAUACAAUUAUCUAUCACUUAAUCAAACUGCUCAAAACUGAUAGCUACUGAACCACAAGUAUGUACUGCCUAGUUAACGUAUAUAGUUUGAUAACUGUUGAACACUGUAAAUGUCUAUAUUUUUACCUAAAGGUAUCAAUUUGACAUCAAUUUAUGUUGGAAGGUAAAAGCAAAUCAGCCAGUGUGCUCCAAUAGGACAAAAGGGAAAGAGUCACUAUGUGCUCCAAUAGGACAAAAGGGAAAGAGUCAAUAUGUGCUCCAAUAGGACAAAAGGGAAAGACUCACUAUGUGCUCCAAUAGGACAAAAGGGAAAGACUCACUAUGUGCUCCAAUAGGACAAAAGGGAAAGACUCACUAUGUGCUCCAAUAGGACAAAAGGGAAAGACUCACUAUGUGCUCCAAUAGGACAAAAGGGAAAGACUCACUAUGUGCUCCAAUGGACAAAAGGGAAAGAGUCACUAUGUGCUCCAAUAAGACAAAAGGGAAAGAGUCACUAUGUGCUCCAAUAGGACAAAAGGGAAAGAGUCACUAUGUGCUCCAAUAAGACAAAAGGGAAAGAGUCACUAUGUGCUCCAAUAGGACAAAAGGGAAAGACUCACUAUGUGCUCCAAUAGGACAAAAGGGAAAGAGUCACUAUGUGCUCCAAUAGGACAAAAGGGAAAGACUCACUAUGUGCUCCAAUAGGACAAAAGGGAAAGACUCACUAUGUGCUCCAAUAGGACAAAAGGGAAAGACUCACGAUGUGCUCCAAUAGGACAAAAGGGAAAGACUCACUAUGUGCUCCAAUAGGACAAAAGGGAAAGACUCACGAUGUGCUCCAAUAGGACAAAAGGGAAGGACUCACUAUGUGCUCCAAUAGGACAAAAGGGAAAGAGUCACUAUGUGCUCCAAUAGGACAAAAGGGAAAGACUCACUAUGUGCUCCAAUAGGACAAAAGGGAAAGACUCACUAUGUGCUCCAAUAGGACAAAAGGGAAAGAGUCACUAUGUGCUCCAAUAGGACAAAAGGGAAAGACUCACUAUGUGCUCCAAUAGGACAAAAGGGAAAGACUCACUAUGUGCUCCAAUAGGACAAAAGGGAAAGACUCACGAUGUGCUCCAAUAGGACAAAAAGGAAAGACUCACUAUGUGCUCCAAUAGGACAAAAGGGAAAGACUCACGAUGUGCUCCAAUAGGACAAAAGGGAAGGACUCACUAUGUGCUCCAAUAGGACAAAAGGGAAAGAGUCACUAUGUGCUCCAAUAGGACAAAAGGGAAAGACUCACUAUGUGCUCCAAUAGGACAAAAGGGAAAGACUCACUAUGUGCUCCAAUAGGAAAAAAGGGAAAGACUCACGAUGUGCUCCAAUAGGACAAAAGGGAAAGACUCACUAUGUGCUCCAAUAGGACAAAAGGGAAAGACUCACGAUGUGCUCCAAUAGGACAAAAGGGAAAGACUCACUAUGUGCUCCAAUAGGACAAAAGGGAAAGAGUCACUAUGUGCUCCAAUAGGACAAAAGGGGAAAGAGUCACUAUGUGCUACAAUUUGGGAUUAUAUUGUAGUGCACAAUGCACUGCUGAAAUACCUGGGUUGUGCACUGCUCAUACACAUUUCAAAACUGUUCUUUUUCAAGUGCUAAAUAGAAAGCAUACUAGAUGGUAAAUAUAUAUUUUCCAUACAGUAUUUGAUUCUAACUUGACAUACCAUUUUUUUAAACAAUUUGUAUCCAAUGGCAGGUUGUGAGCAUGUUGAGAAAUAUGUCAGUUUAACGGUUUCAUAAUCCUUAUACAGCACAUGUGUAGGACAAAUCAUCAGAAAUAGGGGUAUUGUAAAGCAGUUGGCUACUGUAAAAACGUCGUACGGUGUUUUGUAUGCUAUUUCUGCCGCAUGCAACAUUGUGAAAGAUCACCUUUUCUACGUGACUUGUCAACUAAUACAGUAUCGCCUGUCGCUCUGCUUGAAAUUCAUCAGCUUAUAAUGUACAAAUGAAAUUCAGAUGAUGAGUGAAAUAUAUUAUUAUACACAAUACAGGCAUUUCAACACUACACUACCAUUCCAAAUUGUAGCACACAGAGUGACUCUUUCCAUUUUUUCCUAUUGAAGCACACUGGCUGAUGGAGAAUGAUGUAGUAUUUACAGUCACAUCCAUAUAUGAUUUGGAUUUACCUUCCAACAUAAAUUGAUGUCAAACUGAUACAUUUAUGAGGUAAAAAUAUAGAAAUGUACAGUGUUCAGCAGUUAUCGAACUGUAUACGUAAAGUAGGCAUUACAUCAUUUUGGUUCAGUAGUUAUCAGUUUUGAGCAGAUUUAUUAAGUGAUAGAUAAUUGUAUUCUUAACAAAUUAUAAGAAAACCAUAUAAAAAAUAAAGGGAAUAUUGCAUUUUGAAAAGCAGGUACUUAGAUUGAAUAUAUAUCCAAAUUGAAAGAGUGAUUUGAUGCAGUAACUUUGUGAAUUUGUUUGUUCUACUCAGUCAAUUGAAAAUGUGCUUAGAGUUUUGAAACCUGAGCCAUUUUGAUGAUCUGUUUAGAUGUUUGUGCUUGUUGUGAAAAUUUACCACAUACUUGUGAAAAUUGCACCAAAGGGAUUGAAAUAAACUGUAAUCCACAGCCUAUGACAUACCGACGGAUUCUAUUGGUCAUUUCAGUUGUGGCAAUCAAAUUGCACAAAGUUUUUAGCGAACCCAUUAACCAGUCCCUUCCCAAACAGAUGAGGCAUAAUCACUAAUCAUUUCAAAAUGUGUGCCAGACUGUGAGAAGAAUACUGACAAUGAUAGAUGAAGGACUACAGGGAUUGUUGCUUACAAAGUUGAGGAAAGUCAUUUUUCUCGCUCAUGGACACAAAUGGUGCACGAUUCAACAUUGGAAUGUGAAAACAGUAGAAAAUGGAUGAGAUAAUGUUGACACACCGCUUGAAUGGAUGUAAGACAUUUGUGUUGGAACGUCAUCACAUAUGUUCUGAGCAGCCAACAGUGAGGGGUGGGUCCUGAAAGUUACAUGCUGCCCCAUGGAAUGGCCAGCUUUCGCAACGACUCUAUCUAACCUGGAAGACUUGUAGGGACCUUGAAUGGCUUCUGGGGACAUUAAAUGACUUGUGUGGACCUUGCAGGUUAUGUAUGUUCAACUCAGCAUGCUGUGUCAGAAGCAGAGCAGCCUUUCUGAGAUGGUACAUUGAGCUUCAAGUCUUCUAUAUUGACAUUUAAAUUGAGCUGUAAAUAAAAGAUGAUCAACAAGAA